AUGCUCGAAGCCAACAGAGGCUCGGACGGAACAUAUCUCCGUCACAGUAAAUAUGGGGUGACGUUUGUCGUCCAACCAGAAGAAAGAUGGAAGAGCGGCGCCACGUGGAGUGAUUCAGUGGUAACGGCCAGCGGGGAUCGGACUGGAUUUAACGCUCAGCAGGGUCAGAUUAAGGAGUAUCGAGGAAGAUGCUGUGCACAACCAGCGGAAGGAGUUUCCAGGCAAAUCGGUUGGACAAGGUAUCGCCACGUGGACUACACCGAGUGGAAUGCUGACGAUGCGUACGCCACGGAGGCGAGCGACGUGGAGGGGGAGGCGAGGGAAGGCCCUGGGGUUGGCGAAGAGCGAGUGCUGCAGCGUCUGGUGGAGAGGCUGGAAAGCACUCCCCUGACCGCAUCCCCGCGCCACGUGUCCAGGGCAGUGCGCAGCGCGGGGGUGCGCCUCUCGCUGGAAAGCACUCCCCUGACCGCCUCCCCGCGCCACGUGUCCAGAGCAGUGCGCAGCGCGGGGGUGCGCCUCUCCGCCCGCCGUGUGGCGUUGGCAGCGCGGCUGCUCGCCAGCAGAGGCAGCUGGCGCAGGGCGCUGCUGCUCGUGCACUGGGCCGCUCGCCGCAACCAAUCACGCGUUGACAGGAAGGUGCUGACGUCGCUCAUCGCUGCACUGGGCUGGCGCUACCCCGAUGCAGUGCUGCAAGCCAUGCGACUCAUGAUGUCGCAACCCUCCACGUGGCCUGACCUCCCAGCCUACAGAGCAGCAGCAGUGGCGCUAGGAAGGGCGGGGUAUUUACAGGAGCUGCUGCAGGUGGGCGGAGAGAGGAUGGGCAUGGGGAAUGUUGAUUCCAGAGCAGAGCAGCUGAUGCAGGAUCUCAGGGAGGGCCCCACCCGCACCAACCGCACUGCACCACUUGAAACAGAUGGCAGAGGCGCUGGCACUGGCGCUGGCGCUGGUGCUGCCAGUGAGGCUAGCAGCACAAGCAGCAGCGGCUCCAAGUCGGGUGCAGCAGGGAGCAGCUGGCUGGCGCCAGACGUGGUGGUGUACAACGCUGUGAGUGCUGCUGCCCCUCGUGAAUCCCAUCCACUGCCCCUGUUCGGGUGCAGGGGGCAGCAGCUGGCUGGCUCCAGAUGUGGUGGUGUGGUGUACAACGCUGUCCUGAAUGCGUGUGGAGCGAAGAGGCAGUGGAAGGGCGUGCAGUGGGUGCUGCAGCAGAUGCGCUGCGCAGUCCUGAAUGCGUGUGGCGCCAAGCGGCAGUGGAAGGGCGUGCAGUGGGUGCUGCAGCAGAUGCGCGGCGAGGGGGUCGCUCCUGAUGCAGCCACGUUUGGGCUGGCCAUCCAAGCCCUGUCGCUGUGCAAUCAGACGCACCUGGCACUGCAGCUGCUCGCUGAUAUGGAGGCUGCUGGCUUCCCUCCCACCGUCCAAACCUACCGAGACCUGGUGCGAGUGCUGGCGGCCGCAGGGAGGGUGGAGGAGGCAGAGGCGGCAGUGAGGGAGAUGCAGGAGCGAGGGAUGGAGGGCAACGCAGGGGUGUUCCACGCCCUCGCCUGUGCUCUCUGCUCCGCUGGGCGGUGGCAGGAUGCUGUUGCUCUGGUGGAAAAGAUUUCUCGGGCAGAGGAUGCGCAGCCGGCAGUGGUGACGUGGACAGGCCUGAUUCGUGCAUGCGAGCGAAGCAACCGAUUGGCCGACGCGGCCCAGGUGUUUCUCAAGAUGCAGAAGCAGGGGUGCACACCCAACAUCACCACGUGCAACAUCAUGAUCACCGUUUUUGCCCGCACGGGCAGGUUUGCUGCUGUGGAGGAAAUUUACGCAGCUGCCCGGUCGGGUGGCAAGCCGAUAAUCACGGGCAGGAAGAGGUGGAUGAGCAAAGGGGAGAGGCAGGAGGCUAGGAUGCAGCGGUUGGUGGCUAAUAACAGGAGCAGGAGGAGGCUGAUACGAGCAGGGAAAUUGGAGAGAGGAGGAAAGGUGGGCGAGGUAGCAUAUGCGGUUGGGGUUGGGGAAGCAGGGGAAGAGGAAAGAGAGGGGAGAACACGAGAGGAGGAAGAAGAGGAAGAGGAGGUGGAGGAGGAGGGCGAAGUGGAGGCCGUUGGGGAGGUGAUGACAAGCGUUGGGGAGAUCAGCAAGGGUGGGGAGAAUGAGGAGCAAAACAGGGAGGAGAGCGGGAAAGAGGAGAGGGACGAGGGCAACGAGGUUGAGAAGGUGUGGUUCGGGAGGAGGCGGGAGGAUCCUCCACUGGUGCCCAAUGGCCACACGUUCGUAGCCAUGCUGGGAGCGUGCGUGCGGUGCCGGCAGUGGCAGGCCGUGAGGCAGGUAGCAAGAGACAUGCAGCGGGCGGGGUGGCCCCUGCAGGUGCGGCAGCACGGGUGGGUGGUGGACGCGCUUCUCAAGGGCAAACAGGCAGUCAUUGCUGACGAGCUGCUGCUUGCCAUGCGCGGUGGGUCGCAGUCACAUGUGGACCCACACCUCGAUAGGGUGACAGCUGAGGGGGCUUCUGGGCUUGCUAACAACCAGCAGGACCCCGGUUGUGCAAUGAGUGAGGAUUCAGGAGGUGUGGGCAGGGAGGGGAGUCAACGCAUGGUUGAGAGUGUGGGUGGGGAUGAGAGUCCUUCUGGGGCAGUGGCAUCGGUGAGCGGCGGUCUGACGGGGGCAGGGGUGGAGGAGACUGUGAGAGUGAUGGACGCCUGGGGGAGGGCUGUGGAGGGGAGAGGUUUGGAGGGGAUGGGUUUGGAAGGCGGGAUGGUAAACGGGGAGGUGGUAAGUGGAGGAGGCAGAUCUGGGAUUGCCGCAGGUGCUGAUUCAGCAGUUGUGGAGUCAGGGUUUUCUGAGUCAUCAGGCGUUGAAUCAGCCAGGUUACAGGGAGAGCCAACAGAGAGGGAUUCUGUUGGUGCUGCUGCUGCUGUUGCAAGUGGUGUUGCUAAUGCUGCUGGUGCUAGUGGUGAUGCUGGUGCUUCUGGUGGUGCUGCAUCUCCUGCUUCCCUUGAAGCCUACCCUGCAUCCUCUCCUGCGGUGGACCCUGGUGUGCUGGCCGACCUUGUAAGGGGGCUGCUUAUAGGGGGGAAGACGGAGGAGGUUCGAGUGGCGUUGCGAUUGGUCGACCGGAUGGAGAAGGAAGGGUGGGUGGCAGACGCCGGCAUAUACACCAGCCUGCUGCACCGGACCGUCAGGCUGGGGAUGGGAGCUGAGGCUCGGGAGGUGCUGGCUCGGGCCGAGGCAGCAGGUGUGAAGGUUGACGCUCGUCCCAUCCCCGUCGCCAACCUACCGCUGCACGCGGCGCACUGCGAGACGCGCUUCGUGCGCUGUGACGGGUGCGAUGAGAUGGUGGCCUCUGCCGCCAUGGACCAACAUAUUGCAGCCGUGCACGCCCCUGCGCCCUGCUCCCUGUGUGGAGAGCCCAUGGAGCGGCGGCUACUGCCAGAGCACGAGUCGUCAGCAUGCCCCCUGCGCUCCCUGAUAUGCCCCUACUGUGACCUCCCUGUCACCGCCAUGGACCUCCAAUCUCACGCUGACGUGUGUGGCAGCCGUACAGACCCGUGUGACAUCUGCAGCAAGUACGUGCGAAAGAGAGAGCAAGCAGACCACCACCAGCAGCACCUCUUGCAACCAUCACUCCAUGCUGCCACUCCCAGAACCAGCAGAGAUGCUGCCGGCACUGGUUUAUCUCACCGCACUCGAGAGGCUCGCAAUGUUCCGAAUGGUGGUGGUGCUAGUGGUGAUAGUGGUGGUGGUGGUGGGGGGUCUGGGGGGAUAGGAAGCAGGUACAGUAAAUUUCUUUCGUCUCUCAAUCUUGUUCUUUCUCCCCUCUCUCUCCGCCAAUCAACGGUCCCCAGGGUGCUCGAAAAGCUGCAGUCGUUUGGUGUGGCUGGCGUCCUCUCUUAUGGCCUCUUCAAUACAGUCUACUACAUUUUCGCCUUCCUCUUCGUAUUUCUCUACUCUCUGCGUGGCCCCAUCCCCUCGAGGCUUGGGCUUCGCAGCAGCAGCAAAGAAGUGAGUGCCUUGCCUAGCAGCCGAACAACAGGGCUGGGAAUAAUCGAGGUCGUGCAAGGGUGUAACGACGACUAUGGUGGGGAGAGAGCAAGGGAUUGUUUAGACGAUGACGAGCAGUCACAGUGCGGGGUAGGUAGUGUGUGGGUUAACGUCUUUCUCAAGGUCUUUGCAGUGGUGUGGGCGGGCAAUCAGGUCACCAAUCUCAUCCGUAGUCUAUCUUGA